AUGCGAGGACCUCAAGCCCCCAAAGGUGGGAGCGGUCCUGCAUCCGGGUCCGAUCGCAUCUGCUCCUCCAUCAUUGCGCCUCGCAUCGAUUUCGAGACAUGUGACGCCGACCAGGCCUUCUCCUGUCAACUCCUCUAUUCUAUCCCCUCGUCUCCGCAUCUCCAUCCUCCCCUAUCCCGUUCUCUUCGUGCGUCGUCUUUUCCUUGCCAGCAGAAGGAUUAUACCUUGGCUUGUUUUUCUUAUGCGGAGGCUCGUCGAUUCUCGAGCCCAGAACGUCCCAUCCCUCGUAUCCGCGCCUGGGAGGGCUAUCGUGUUUCUCCUCCUGCUCCUCGCCCCUCUCUGCAGCCGCCGUUGCUUCAGACACGGCGCAGAUCUUGCAGCGGUCUGCUGCAAUGGGUGAUCCAGACCGCGCUCCUCGCGGAGGAUGGCACGGGGGCGAAGCAGGAGAACUGCGCCUCGCAGGGCAUCACCUUCUUCCAGGUCUUCGCGUCGACCUCUGGGCUGCUGGGGCUGUCCCGGUCGUCCGACUACGCCGCCGUCAACGGCUAUCUCAAUGACCUCAUCACAUUCCGGCGAACGCUCGGCGCCAUCGGGCAGGCCAACGUGUGGGGCCAGAUCGCGGGCACGGGGCUGGCGGGGCACGGCACGGGCGCCGCCGGCCGGGGGGGCGCCGGCGAGCAGGUGGAGGGAGCAGGAGAAGAAGUCCGCCAACGAUCCCGAGUACCCGAAGGAGUUCUACCAGAGGGACCUGGCCCGCGGAGACCUCGUCGUGGCGCACCGGGAGAUGCAACCUCGUCGAGGUGCAGCACAGGGCCGACCUCGCCGCCAUCGAGACCGAGGGCUACCUUCCCGUCAAGGGUCUGCGCGUGGCCGUGA